AUGGAGUACUUGUCAUCAGAAAUCCUUACCAAAGAUGGGACGGUCACCUAUAAUACAUUUGCUCGUACCCAAGGUCUACUGGUGACCAAAGCUAAGCAAAUUCUUUAUGAUUUCUAUGUCGCUAAUAAAGCCAAGCUCUAUGCAUCGUUUAUUGUCAUUGGUCAACCUAAGGAAAAAUCAAUUAAAACUACUUGCAUCAUCAAGUGUGAUUCCAAUAAUGUUGAUGCAGUGGUAAAAGACCUACAACGUGUUGAAGCUGUUCACGUUUAUUAUGUGUCCCGUUAUUGUGUUGAAAAUCUGCAAUUGGCUAUCGUAGAAAGCAGCAAUCCCUUAGAUAGACUGUCUAUUGAUAAUUUGGGUAUUAUACGCAACAGUGUGAAGUUUAAUCCUGUUAGUAGAACUAAAACCAAUGAGCCAAUUAAAUCAAAAGCUGUUCCUUCAUCUAAGACUACUACAAAUGAUGUUCAGAAACACAAUGCUAAAGAACCAAAGAGAGAGAAGCUAUCAUCAAGCUUAUCUUCUCUAUAUGUUUCCCGGAAGGCAUCGGCGAAUACUUCAUCUGUCAAUUCUAAGAAGCAGCCUGCAUUGAAAUACCAAUCUCGUAAAGUACAAAAGGUAGAACCUAAAGAAAGGGUCAUUAUGGCUGAAGAUAACAAUGAAGAAGAUAUUGAAAUGACAGAAGUAGAACCAAAGGCUUAUAAAACAGAGGUAGCAUCCAUGAAGGGCCUUUUCGAUGAUUUAAGUGAUUUUGAUGAUACAGAGGAAACCAUCGAAGUAGCUGAACCAAUUAUCGUCGAAGAACAAACCAAAUUGGAAUUCCCUUCAGAGAAUCAGGAAGAUGAAAAGCCCAAACCUUCUACUGAAACUUUGAGUGAACCAAGGAACGAAUAUCCAGUGGAGUACGAGACUGUCACCAUAGUAAAUGAUGAUGGUUGUUUUGAAACUAUAAAAAAGCCUAUUGAAAGCAAUAGCAAUAAUAAGCCUACUCCUGUUCCACUGUCAUCUCGUGUAAGAGCAAGAUCUCCCUUUACAUCUACAGCCAACUCGAAAAGGAAAAAAGGCCAAGCAACACUUCAAAGUUUCUUUAAGCCUAACAAGUAA